AUGGAACCCCUACGGAGCGUAUCACGAAAAGACACUGAGAAAUCUGAAGCUCGUCGACAAACCAAUCGUUCCAAUGCUGCCAUUCAGCAUGUCACGGAUACAAUGAUUGCCGUGACAGAAUCUUUUCGCCAUCAUUACCAACAACAGCAUGGUGGUUACUCCCCAGCAGCUCCAGCUCCCACUUAUACGAAUAUCAACUCUUACCAGCCACGCAGCUAUGCACAAUCCAACAAUCGAUCCAAUUCUAAUUCUAAGUCACACGUUCGAAGCCCAUCGAGUGUCAGUGAAGUGUCCCAGGGCCUUCUGGACAUGGACAUAGUGAGCCAAAUGACCGUCUCGGACGUGUCACCCAUUUCACCUCAUCGAAACAAUUGCAUACCUACCGUACUUAUGUCAGGACGGCAUCCGAAUGCUGAAACAGACUCUCUCCUUGGCCGAGAGCUGGAGCCAGAGAUGAUUGAAACCUCUGCUCGCAUGCCCGAAGACUUAAUUCGACUCGCAACACCAAAUCUACCACCACGACUGGACACCCCUCAUACACCAACUCAUCGCUUUAGCGUUCCAAUAACUCUCGCCGAUCAUCAAUUUGACGCACCUCCAGCUCCAAAUACAGGUUUACAUCCGGCGGGCUUUUCGGUCAACCGCGGCGGACUUGCCCAAUCUGCGAGAGGUUUCGAAGCUUUCAGAGCGACGACGCAACAUCAUCAAUACAUGGUUCUCAGACCUGACAUGGGUACACGAGAGUUACCACUAGGCACAGUUACGCAUAUACGCGCAGGCUCUGAUCCAUACUCCUCUUCAUCUGCUACCCAGGGCUUGCGCAGGAAACCUCUGCACGAAGGAGCAAGACAGAUUGUGUUUAACCACCCCUGCAACGAAGGCCUCUUUGUUGCUGUCAUCUGUAUGGCCCAGCUUUUGACAUAUGCCAGUCUUGCGCAAACGUUGACAUCGGCACGGCGAAUUGGCGAAUCAUUCUUUGAACCAGAGCGUACGACACAUCUUGCGUGGUUCACUUCAGCAUACAUGCUGAGUUAUGCUGCGACUAUCCUUUUGGGAAACCGGAUCGGAAACGUAUGUGGUCAGAGAGAAGCCUUUGUCGCCGGGUAUUUUUGGUUUGCGCUCUGGAGUCUCGUUGCUGGCCUGAGCGUGUACAUGGGCAGUUCCGGAGGAGCCGUCUUCUUUUGUAUCUGUCGUGCAAUGCAAGGCAUCGGCCCAGCACUCAUUAUUCCCAAUGGCUAUGGGUUACUGCUGAGAGCCUAUCCUCCUGGACCUCGUAAGAUGGUUGCUAUGGGCUUGUUCGAUGCCUCUGCCCCUUGUGGGUUCGUCGUUGGCUCUGUCAUGACAGGGCUUUUCGCCAAAUACGCGUCUUGGCCAUGGGCUUUCUACUGCUUGACUGCAGUUUGCGCGGCCCUUGGUAUAUCGAGUAUGCUUGUGGUCCCCGCCAAGAGAGUUUUGGUCCAUAACUUCGAAGGCAAUCUUUGGAGACGCCUCGAUGUCUUCGGGUCUGUAACUGGCAUAUCUGCGUUGGUUCUUUUCAGUGUUGGCUGGAAUCAAAUACCUAUCGUAGGAUGGGACACCCCGCAAGCCUACAUCUUGAUUUUUACAGGAUGCCUGCUUAUUCCCUUGUUUAAUUAUUUCGAGUCUCAAGCCAGCCACCCUCUGGUACCAUUCAAGCAGAUCCACCUCACUGCUGGUAUUACACUUGGCUUUGUGACUGCCGCCUCGGCAGCGUUUGGGAUUUGGGUCUGGUAUUUUGCCCAGUUUAUCGAAGUUCUGAGAGGAUGGGGGCCUCUACUUACGAGCGCCGGUCUUGUACCGAUACUAGUAAUCGGUGUUGUCGUUGGCUUUGCUUGCUGGCCUUUCGCAAACCGCGAUUUCACCGCCCAGCUUGCUAUGGUGAGCUCUUCAAUAGCAAUCUUGAUCAGUUCUGCUUUGAUGGCUGCAGCUCCAGCAAAACAGGAGUAUUGGGCAAAUUCGUUUGUCAGUGCCAUCUUUAUGGGUGUUGGUAUGGUCUUGAUUAUCCCCACCGCUUCAACAGUGCUUGGGCGCGAUAUUCCCGAAGGACAGUUGGGACUUGCAAGUAGCCUUACCAACAUGGCGGCAGCAUUCGCUUUCUCGGUUGGGCUUGGUAUGGCAGGAGCUGUAGAGAUGGGAAAGAAAAACAACAAGAAUCCUUUGGGAGGGUACCGUGACGCACAGUAUUUUGGCCUAGGACUUGGAGGGCUGGCCUUUAUCCUGGCACUGGGUCUACUUUGCGCGGCAGUGUUUCGGCGUCGCAGGGAUUGA